GCCAAGAAGGCCGUUGUCGACAUGAAGAACGUUCAGGUCCCCACUGUUGAAGACACCGUCCACGAGACCAAGGCGGUGCUUGCCAACGGCAACGGCGUGGCAACUGCAAACGGUGCCAGCCCCAAGGGCCCCGUCACUCGCUCGCGCAAGGCCUAAACGUGUUGCUGCAUCGCAGAACCAAAAUCCUUCGCUCUACGCAAAGCUAGACCAUGCGCUUACAUGGUCCUUGAUAGACAACAAGCGGAUGGUGGAUCUGCCCAGCGUGCCAUGACGAGCUCAUCUUACCAAACCAAAAAUUCUACAAAAAUACUCGGGAACGUGCCGGAGAAGUACGACUGCGAUCAUCGAGUCUCGGGUGCGUUUCCGCAUGCAACGCGAUACUUCACGACCCUUUGCAUAUUCAUUAUUCAUCUUCAUCGCUCUUGCAUGGUGUGUACGAUAACAGCCCAUGGCGAGCUUCGUUUCUUCGUCCCCCCUCUGCCCAACCACACUUAUUUCAACAACGGGCCCCCUUUGAAAGAGCUAGCCCGUUUCUUUGGUAAUUGGCAACUGUUCUUUAGUUUUUUCUUCUUUUGCCUGGUGCAUUUUCUUUUCGGGCAGAGAAAACCCAAAUUUUUUGCAUGAUAGAAAACAUGUACAUGUAGAUAUUCGAGGAGAGAGGAGGAUUUAUCAGCUGCCGACUUGCGGAGUAUGGGCCUUGCAAUGGUCUGCACCCGAGUCCUACCACGUUACCGUAAUGCUUAAUUAUAUCUUGCCUUGGCAUAUAGAAUUGUAAUGAGACGAGCUGUU